ACUGCUAUGGGUUCCAUGGAUGAGGAGCUGACGUGCCCCAUGUGUCGUGACCUGUUUGGUCCAGCUUACCCCUUACCCUGCGGCCACAGCUUCUGUCCCAAUUGCGUGUGGGAGAUGUGGGGGCAGACUCAGGGCUCCAGCUCCAGCAGGGGGCGCUUUGCUUGCCCGCAGUGUCAGGAGGAUCAUGGUGUGGUGGUGUGCGACUGCUGUCCGGAGGAGGGGGAGGGAGGACUCGCGUGUCCUGCUGUGAAGAGCUGUAUGCGCUGUGAGGUUUCGCUGUGUGAGCAGCACCUGCAGCCACACCUGCAGUUCCCUGCGUACAGCACCCACCUGCUGGUGGAGCCGUUGAUUGACAUGUCCCGCCGCAGGUGUCCUGCCCAUCAGGAGGUGUUUCGCUAUUACUGCUUGGACGAUAGGGAGUAUAUCUGCGCAGACUGCAUCUUGGAGGGCAGCCAUGCUCAGCACCAGGUCAAGGGCCUGAGAAAACUGGAGGAGGAUUACAAGGACACAUUACAGGCUCUUCUUCAGCAAGCAGAGGAAAAGAUAAAGUGUGGUGAGAAGAUCCUUCAGGAACAUGAGAAAUCGAGCAGCACCAUAAUAAGCUCCUCUAUGGCAGAUGACUCUCAGGUAGUUUGGCUGGGCUCAGCUCUACAGAACCAGGUUGACAGACUGGUUGCGGCCCUGAGGAAUGCAAAUGAGCAGGAAAGGCAGCAGGCUAUUGACCAACUGCAGGAGGACUUCAGCAGAGUGAAAGGAGGCCUGGAGAAGACAGAAAGCAUCUACCACUAUCUGGGUAGCUUGCUCCGGGAGACCGACCCCUUCCUGCUCAUCUGGGCAUUUCAAACAGAGAAUUCAAAGCUUGUGGAUGACCUCAACUCGCCUCUGUUUACACCAGUACUGCCAAGCUUCGAUAAGAAACGCACUCUAGAGCACGUGGAGCAGAAAUACAGGGAAUUCAUAUCUGAAACACUGCGAUGCCUUAUUGAGCUCAAGAGAGAUCUCUUGAGUAGUCCUUUAACCUUGGACACCAACUCUGCCCAUCCACUGCUGAAUGUUUCUGAUGACCUACGAUCAGUAAUGAGGGUCAAACAUCGAUUACCAAACUCUGAUCAUCCUGACCGCUUUGACCACUGGUCUCAGGUUGUCACCAACCAAACCUUCUCCUCUGGAACUCACUACUGGGAACUAGAAGCAGAAGGUUUCUGGGAUAUAGCUAUAACCUACCACAGCAUUGAGAGAAAAGGCAAGGAGGGGACGGCCUUUGGGUGCAAUAAGGUAUCAUGGAGCCUGACUCAGCAGCAUGACAGAAAGCUUGCAGCCUGGCACAACCGAAAGAAAACUCGGCUCUCGGCUAAAAUGUCUGGAAACCGUUUGGCAGUCUCUCUGGACUAUACCUCUGGUUCUAUCACCUUCUCUGAGGUGGGGCCGUCAUCCGCCCUGCGUCCUCUGUACAACUUCAGCACCAGCUUCUCCCAGCCUGUGUGCCUGGGCUUCGGCCUCUAUAAACCAGAGCUCAACAGCAGGAUUUCCAUCCUCAGAAAAACAUGA